AUGCGGCUGCUGGUUAGUGAGGAUACUACUACCCCAAGUUAUUGGUUGAAUUGGAGAUUCUUGCUCUGUGCAAUAUGGGUCUUGACAUCUAUUCUCCUUGCAUCAUUUCUGAUAUGGAAAUAUGAACGUUCAGACAAUUCCAAAUCUGAAAGAGGGGAGACGCAGCAGGAGAGACCACGGAUUUUGCAUUAUGAUGAAUCUUGGAAGCCGUGCCUAAAAGAAAUUCACCCGCUUCAUUUGGUGGUUUUUCGGUUGAUAGCAUUCUGUCUGCUUUUAGUUUCCCUCAGUCUCGAAGUUGCUGCUCACGGUGGUGAAUUAUUUUACUAUUACACUCAGUGGACUCUUACUUUAGUCACCAUCUAUUUUGGGUUUGGUUUGUUGCUUUCUAUCAACGGAUGUUUACAGCAUCACAAAGCAAAUAGCUGCAACGACUACCAUGUAUCAGAGGUUGUGGAGCAAGGGUUAUAUGAGCCUCUUGCCCAUGGAGUAAAUGAAAAUGAAGUCGAAUUACGAAAACAAGAACACCAUUGUUCGCGAACUGCUGGCCUGUGCGGAUACCUGUUUCAAAUUUUAUUCCAGAUAUCUGCAGGGGCGGUAACUCUUACUGAUGGUCUUUAUUGGACCAUAAUAUUUCCCUUCCUUACCAUCAGAGAUUAUGAGCUGAGUUUUUUGACAGUCGUAGCACAUUCACUCAAUGCUAUCUUACUCCUUGGGGAUACAGCUUUAAACAGCCUGGGGUUCCCUUGGUACCGAAUCUCUUUCUUCAUUUUGUGGACGGCUACUUAUGUCAUCUUCCAAUGGAUUAUUCAUGCAUUUGUAUCGAUUUGGUGGCCAUACCCAAUCCUUGACUUGUCAUCUGAAUAUGCUCCUUUAUGGCAUUUGGUAGUGGCACUAUUGCAUAUCCCGUGUUAUGGUAUCUUUAUUUUACUGGUGAAGAUAAAACAUUUGGAAUCAAGAUAUGUGGAGGUAUUUUGCUGUGUAUCGGUUUUCCCCGCUGCAAUUAUGUUAUUGGAAAAGAUGGGUGAAUAA